AUGUCAGGAUGGGUUGAUAGAGAGAGCAGUGGAGAGAGCAGUGGAAAGCAGAGCAGUGGGGAUCAGAGCAGUGGGAAGCAGAGCAGUGGACAGCAGAGCAGUGGGAAGCAGAGCAGUGGACAGCAGAGCAGUGGACAGCAGAGCAGUGGACAGCAGAGUAGUGGGAAGCAGAGCAGUGGACAGCAGAGCAGUGGGGAUCAGAGCAGUGGGAAGCAGAGCAGUGGACAGCAGAGUAGUGGGAAGCAGAGCAGUGGGAAGCAGAGCAGUGGGAAGCAGAGCAGUGGGAAGCAGAGCAGUGGACAGCAGAGCAGUGGACAGCAGAGCAGUGAGAAGCAUAGCAGAGGACAGCAGAGCAGUGGACAGCAGAGUAGUGGGAAGCAGAGCAGUGGACAGCAGAGUAGUGGGAAGCAGAGCAGUGGGAAGCAGAGCAGUGGACAGCAGAGCAGUGGAAAUCAGAGCAGUGGACAGCAGAGCAGUGGACAGCAGAGCAGUGGACAGCAGAGCAGUGGACAGCAGAGCAGUGGACAGCAGAGCAGUUGGAAGCAGAGCAGUGGAUAG